AUGGAGGCCCUGAACGACUGGCUCCGCGCUGCAACCGAUCUUGAGAAAGAGAACGCGCGGUUGACAACACAACUCGUGGAACAAUUAACAGCGUACAAUGAGCUCCGCAGUAAAUACGACAUACUAAAGCAAGAGGCAAUCAAACGGCAGACAGAUGCUGAAGAGCUGGAGCAGACAAAGGCUGACAACAAUGCCAAGAUGGAGAAACUGUCUACCACGGUUCAUUCAACACUUGAGGAUCCUCGAGGCAGAGGCCAGAGAACAGACACUGCAGAGACCCGUUACGACUCUCUACAAGAACGAGAGGAUGCUUUGGCAGCCGAGAACGCUGGAUUAAAGACAAAGUUGGAAGCAGUCAAUAACCACGAAGUCCGCACACUCAAGGACCGCAAUUCGUCCGAAUACAAAGUAACCUCUUCCGCAGAUCAAAGAAAGGCCCAGCUCGUGGUCGAGUCCUUGGAACGUUUACAGCGUCGUUUUAACCGUCUCGCCGACCAAAAAGAAAGAGCAGAGAGGAAGUUCUUCAAAUCCUACCUCGAAUGGAGUGGUUUCAAGGAAUGGUGGCGACAGUUCUGUUCCAUUCCGAGCGUCAAUGACGCUAUUCGUACCUUUAAUCGCUCACUACGAGACAGCAAAGCCCGAGGUGCUCUUCCAGGAAACGCUUUGAAGUCGACCGACUCUGUGGCGAGGAGGCAUGACGAUGACCCCCCUCUAUCACUGGAGCCGUCGAAGCUAUCGACAGAUGCAAUUGUCACCACCCGUGCUGCGCCGACGGGUGAGAAAGUGUUGUCGUCCAAGGACAUGCUUGAAGCGGCUUGUGAAGAUCUCUCAAGGACGUAUCACCAAUUCGCUACACAAUACGAAGCGUUUGGGUUUGACGCUCCUCCCUUUACCACCGAGCAAUCGAAAGAGGCCACUCAGAUUUUCGAUACCGACAAGACGCAAGAGACAUCGGCGGGUACACCAACGCGGCCGUUCAGGUUUAAUCUCACAGGUAUUCCUCUUCCUCAACCGACAAUUUAUGAAUCACCAACGAGGAGGAUCAAGACACCCGUUCGUCACGUCUCUCCAGACUCGCCCGUGGCUAUCAAGCUUGAAGAAUCGCCCAUCAAGGUUCCGAAUGCAGCUCCUCCCCAUCCAAGCGCGAGUACUCCGCUUGGCGAAGCUCCUGUUGCUGGUCCCAGCCAUUCGUCUCUUGGGAAGCGAAAAGCUCCCAUCGAAGAAAGCCAUUCGUUGCAAGUAAAGAGUGGCAGAAAGAGCUACGUACCCUUGGUGCAGCAAUACAUGGACGGGACCAAAGUCGUGUCAUCCAACUCGAGCAAGAAGCGGCAUACAGAGGCGCUUGAUAGGGACUCGAUUACACCGAAACAACAUGGUAAACCGAUCAAAGGCCGAUCAACAACGGAAAGGCGUAACGUGACCAGAUACGAAGUCAAUCCUGAUCGGAACAACGGGGUUAAUUUUGCGUAUGACGAAGUCGUGCGCAACAAGGCAGAGAGAAAGCGUAUGGAAGCGACCGACUGUGAUCAAUGUCGAGAGUUUUACAAGGCUGCCGGGCCUCUCCCACCACGAUUGCAGGCGCCUCUCUGGAAGAGCCCGACAUCAAGUCAAGACCCCGCCGCUGCACCACAGCGUCAUUGUAAGCACCACAGCAACAAAGAGGAAUCGGACGAUAGUGGCUCCGAGUCGGAAGACUCGGGGGUAAGGGCUCAUCGCCAAGAAGUCUCGCGCCAUCGCUAUAUCAUGCCCUCCGGCGAGACACCUCCAGGCUUCUGGGAUCUGGAUUUCCCUGACACGCAACGGGUCGAAAAACUGAGGGAUGAAGCUGAGAAGAUGCAUCGUAAGCGCGAGAGGUUCAUGGAGAAAGAGGCGGGCAAGAAGGAUGGCAAGUAUCGUUUGAAAUGA